AAAGACCGGCGGAUGAAGCAGCUGCAGUUCCCAUUCGGUCAGUACCUAGCCGAGCUGCCCGUGCCUCCUCAGAACAGCUCCGGAUUGCUGCCUAGGCUGGCAGAGGCGAAGCACCAAGACAGGGAGCCCCAGGUGCAGACCUCCUCUCCGCCACCAGGUCGAGUCUUGCCUCCUGACCUGGUGGUCCUGCAGAAGUGACCCUGUGGCCCUUGCCCUGAGACAAGUCACAGAAGUGACCCGGUGGCCUUGCAGCCUCUUUCUAUGACUCCAUCUGGAUUUGGCUGGCUGUGGAGACAAGCUCAGAGGGGCUGCCUGGGUCUCAGUGGGGCAUCAGUCGGCUCUCUGACCACCAUGGUGAACACCAGGAACUGAGGAGACAGGCUCUCCACCUCAGCAGGGGCUCAGGACGCGAUGGAGAACAAAGCCAUGUAUCUGCACACCGUGAGUGACAGGGACACUGGCUCCAUCUUCGAGGAGCCCUUCGAUGGCAGGAGCCUGUCCAAGCUGAACUUGUGUGAGGAUGGUCCAUGCCACAAACGGCGGGCAGGUGGCUGCUGUACCCAGCUGGGCUCUCUGUCAGCCCUGAAGCACGCUGUCCUGGGGCUCUACCUGCUGGUCUUCCUGAUCCUCGUGGGCAUCUUCAUCUUAGCAGUGUCCAGGCCCCGCAGCUCCCCGGAUGACCUGAAGGCGCUGACUCGGAAUGUGAACCGGCUGAAUGAGAGCUUCCGGGACUUGCAGUUGCGGCUGCUGCAGGCUCCGCUGCAGGCGGACUUGACAGAGCAGGUGUGGAAGGUGCAGGACGCGCUGCAGAACCAGUCGGACUCGCUGCUGGCGCUGGCGGGGGCGGUGCAGCGGCUGGAGGGCGCGCUGUGGGGCCUGCACGCGCAGGCGGCGCAGGCGGAGCAGGCGGUGGCCCUGCUGCGCGACCGCACGGGCCAGCAGAGCGACGCUGCGCAGCUGGAGCUGUACCAGCUGCAGGUGGAGAGCAACCGCAGCCAGCUGCUGCUGCGGCGCCACGCGGGCCUGCUGGACGGGCUGGCACGCAGGGUGGGCGUCCUGGGCGAAGAGCUGGCCGACGUGGGGGGCGCGCUGCGUGGCCUCAACCACAGCCUGUCCUACGACGUGGCCCUCCACCGCACGCGGCUGCAGGACCUGCAGGUGCUGGUGAGCAACGCCAGCGAGGACACACGCCGCAUGCGGCUGGUGCACAUGGACCUGGAGCUGCAGCUCAAACAGGAGCUGGCCACCCUCAACACGGUGACCGAGGACCUGCGCCUCAAGGACUGGGAGCAUUCAAUCGCGCUGAGAAACAUCUCCCUCGCCAAAGGGCCACCUGGACCCAAAGGUGACCAGGGGGAUGAAGGAAAGGAAGGCAAGCCUGGCAGCCCUGGACUACCUGGACUCCGAGGUCUUCCAGGGGAGAGAGGUACCCCAGGACUGCCUGGCCCCAAGGGCGAUGAUGGGAAGCUGGGGGCCACAGGCCCAAUGGGCAUGCGCGGGUUCAAAGGUGACCGAGGCCCGAAAGGAGAGAAAGGAGAGCGAGGAGACCGAGCCGGAGAUGCCAGUGGUGUGGACGUCACGAUGAUCCGCCUGGUGAACGGCUCGGGUCUGCACGAGGGCCGUGUGGAGGUGUACCAUGACCGGCGCUGGGGCACCGUGUGUGAUGACGGCUGGGACAAGAAGGAUGGGGACGUGGUGUGCCGCAUGCUGGGCUUCCGCGGUGCUGAGGAGGUGUACCGGACGGCUCGCUUUGGGCAAGGCACCGGGAGGAUUUGGAUGGAUGACGUCGCCUGCAAGGGUACAGAGGACACCAUCUUCCGCUGCAGCUUCUCCAAAUGGGGGGUGACAAACUGUGGACAUGCUGAGGAUGCUGGGGUGACAUGCAACAGACACUAGCAGUGGGCACAGCCCAGGGUCAGGCCCUGCCACCAAGCCUUGCUCCUGCAUUUCUGGGUAGGGACUUGGCUUGGAGCUACCCUGCCAUGCCUCUGCUCUGCCCAGUCCAGUAUCCCCAGCCCCCAGAGCCCUACCCCAGGACCGUGGUGGCUUGCCACUCUCCUUCCUGACAUCUGCUCCAGAGUGCUCUGUGGGAUCUGUCUCUCUCCCACCGGGGUUCCUGCCUGGGGAGCCCGGGUCAGCUGGGUCACCGGUUUGCUCAGCGGUCUGAGCCGUCCUCCACAGGGCCUCGUUAUCCAUGUUCCCUCCAGUCUCUCGGUUACACUUGAAUGCUGAGAAGAUAUCGGGGACGAAUAUGGCAGUGGAGAUGGACAAUAUUAUGGAUCUUUUACUCUCCAGAUAAUUCCCAAGCCUCAUUUAGGCCAAGAGUUUCGACAUCUGCCUCCCAAGCAAAAGGCAAUCCUGAAUGCCUUGUUUGCCCCGCUUUACUCUGCUCCACACACUACGUGUCAGUUUGGGAAGGGAACGUGGGGGAGAAGCCAGCUGCAGAAGCAAGAGGGAAAUGCAAGACUCCUGCAGAAACCCAGCUGGAGCUGGAGAAGGGAGUGAAACUAGCAUUCACUGAAUGACUGCCGUGGUGUAAACAGUACUUGGGUGCUAAAUCCAUUUAUCCAUUUUGCUACAUUGGUACAAGGCAUGUCAGUCCAGGUAAGGUCCUACCUCCAGGUAGCACUUACCUGGCCCACUCACCUGGCCUUCAAGUCAGAAAACUGAGGGUGACUGAGACCAAGUUUCCCCUAGAAACUUAGUGUGUCUUUGCUAGGUCUGAGCAAGAAGCUUGGGCCAGAGACUUGGGUGCUUAGAAAGUCACACAUGCAAGAUCAGAUGUGAUGGGUUGAUUGGGAGGGUGAGUGCCCAUGUUAACUUGAGUCCACCUCUCGGUCAUCCGGCAGUCAGGGUUAAAGACAAGUCAACUGUGUCUCAUAACUGUUGGGAGGUGGUGACAUUGCACCUUCUAGGCCCCUUCAGGUGUGGUCCUGUGGUCAGGGGACACAAGUCCUGAUGGGUCCUAUAGGGUGGAAGGAAGUGAGGAUUCCCUGUAAUUUCUAAGGGAAUGAGAGACCAGGGGCCUCUGCUCAUCUGCAAUCUAUAUGCCCUCCUAGAGUUAGGGAGGUCAUAUUCUGAAGUUUACAUGGGGAGGAGAUUGGACUGGGCCAUGUGCAUGUCCUGCUAGCAGGCAUGUACAGCUUCACCUCUCUUUGAAGGAAUCACAAACUCACAGUCGGGCCUUGGAUGCAUGACCACCUGUCACAUCAGAUGAGCAGUAUCAUGCAUUGAGAAAGUGAAGCGUGGGUCCCUUCAAGCAUCCAUCCAGCAAAGGUCCUGGCUGACGACUAACCCAAUAUGUGCCCUUGGUCAUUCUUUGCUUACAGUAUGCUUGUUAUUCACUAGUUCCUAAUGAUUAGACUCUCCUGACCAAUUGCUAUGUUUACAUAACACGCAUGUACUCAUGCAUCUUUUUCCAGAACCAAUAUAUGUACGCAUAUAUAAACAUAGCACUCUUUACUACAUAGCUCAGCACAUUGCAAAUUUCGCAUUUAAAACAAAAUACUAAAGGUGGAAAGAUGUCACUUUGAAAAAAAUUCACAACGGCGCAGUUCUGGCAAAGAAAUUGUUACCCUACCAGUAAAAACUCACACAAUUUUUACUUGGUCUUUUCAUUUGGGGAAACACAAGCCUUGUUUUAAAUAAAAUAAAAACAAUGUUGAAAAGUGUUUGAACUUUAAACAUAGAAGUCGACUAGUUUACAUACCUACCUAAGAGGUCAUGGAAUUGACCAUGGACCUGUAUUUCAGGGACUAAAGGAAAUUAGGCCUGGCCUAAAAUACAUCAAACCUUUUGUAAGAAAGAAUUUCAAUAAAGUGAAAAACAUGUCA